CAAGCAGAGAGGGCACUGACAGCAAGGGAGCGCAUGUCGUGGUGUGUGGUGGUUUUUGUGAUCCAUAGAUCCUAAGGGAGAAGCCUCGGAUGGUCGUUCGCUGCUCAGCAGACCAGCAGCCAUGGCGUCGCAGCAACUGUACAGCUACCUGGGGAGGGCGGCGCUGUGGGAGCGUGUUUCAUCCAAGCUCGCGGACAACGGGACAGAGCUGGCCCCGUGCGACGCUCGAGCGUUGAAGGACCUCUGCGCGGGAGUGACCUGGAUGCAAAGGGUACCGCCGGCCGUGCUGGCGAGCUACCGCGCACUAUACGUGGUUCUGAGGGGGCACGCCGCGGCCGCCGAGGACGAGAUAAAUCGGGACAUCAUGCGGACGGUCCGGGGCACGACCGGCCUCCUUCUCGACCUGAGCUCGGAGGACUCGAGGAGCGACUUCGCCGGGUCGAUCAACCGCGUCCUUAACGCGCUCGCCCACGUGGACGACAUGGGCUACUGCCAGGGUCAGAACUACGUGGUGGACGUGAUGAUGAAGGCCGGUCUCCCCGAGAGGGAGACGUUCUGCCUCUUCCUCUACCUCUUGCGGCAGGGCCACUUCCACGGCAUGUACCGGAAGGAGGUGGCGAUGCUGGCGGGCUACAUGGACAAGCUCGAGGGGCAGCUGAGGGGCCGGCUUCCCGACCUCGCCGCGCACUUCGAGGCGGAGCACUACCCGCCGCCCCUCUACGCCCUGGAGUGGAUCACGACCUUCUUUGGGCUCGCCGCCCAGCCGCUGGUGUCCCUGGUCGCGCUUGACCUCUUCCUGGCCGGCGCUCGGAACCCGGUGCUGAGGCUGUGCGUGUCUCUCCUGGGAGAGAUGGAGCAGGGGCUGCUGGGUCUCGACCAGGAGGGGCUGCUCAAGGACUUCCGGUCCAGGGCGGUCGGGGUCGACGCCGAAGGGGUGAUCGUGCGAGCGCUGAGCGACGGCGGCAAACGCGGCGGCGGCAAACGCGGCGGCGAGGGGGGCAGCUCGAGCGGGGGAGAGGGAGUGGAGGCGAAGCGGUCGAGCCAAGGCGAGGUCGCCGACGCCGGGGAGCUGGGUUGGUCCACAGGGCCUGACUAUUUACUCGUGCUUCGUUCCCGCCACUGCCAGACCUUGGGCCUGAUGGAGCUGAGGGAAGAGGCGAAGAGCGGCCUGAUCGUGGAGCACUCUUCGCUACAGGACGCCCUGCUGGCGGUGACCCGGUCCCUCGGCUGGGACAGCCUGCGGACCUGCUGGCUGGAGACCUGUCUGGCGGCCCGGAGCGACCACGAGCGACACACCCUCGCGAGCCAGGCCCUCCGGUUCGUGAUAGCCAACGGGGGCCACGUGAAGGCGGCCUCGUUUAUGCUCGGGGUGGGCGGGGCGGACGCGAACGAGGUGGACUCGCGCCUCCUCUCUCCGCUCCACCUCGUCGCCAUGUUCAACCGCCCAGACAUCGCAAGGGUGCUGCUCAUGUGCGGUGCGUCUCCGCGGCUGGUCGGCGGGGUUACCCGGGCCGCCGCGGCUCGAGGAGGGAAGCUCUGGUCCCCCUUGGAGAUGGCGGAGGAGGUGUGCACGGAAGGGGGCGCCCUGGACGACGCGAGUGUCGCGGUAGGGCCUGCGGCGCUGUACGUCCUUCGGGGCCUGGUGUGCCUCCAGUGCAACCUCAAGCUGCCGAGACCCGAGCGGUGCGGGACUUGCAAGCUGACCUUCUGUAAGUCGUGUCGCGGAAGCCACUUCUGCGUGGGGAAGCUCAACCUGCCUCGAGGAGUUGCAGAGAUCGGGGAAGGCGGUGGCGGAGGCCGUACCAGNGAAGGCAGUGGCGGAGGCCGUACCAGGCCGGGGAGGGGGGGUAGUGGUUCGAGAAGCGCCGGUUCAGGCGGAGGUGGCGGAAGGGCUAGGCUUGAGAGCGCCACGCUAUGGGAGUUGGGAGGGGCGAUUGGGGACGACUGGGAAGAGCUGUUCAGCGAGGGAAACGCAAACGCCCGCGGCGGAGUUGCCCGUGGAUCGGGUGUGGAGGAGGACAGCUGGAAGCCGGGGGGGCUCCGACGGUCGGGCCCCGGAACGAUCACUUCGACCGAAGAGAUCAUGGAGGCUAGCGUCGGGUCGUCGUGCCUGUCCAUGUCCUCGUCCCCUGUUUCGUGGGAGACGAUGCCUUCGGUCCUGCUGGGCACGUGGGAGCGGAGGCCGCAGACGACGGUCCCUAAGGACCGGCACAGGCUGUUCGACAACUCGGCCGCCUUCGUUCGCGCCUGCUUUCCCGCUCAGACAUGGCUGCAGCAUCACAUGGAAGAGGAGAUGGGUUUAUCGCUCGGAGGAACGCUUUCUCGGCACGGCUGGGGCGGACCGUUCAAGGGUUUGGGAAUGGAUGGCGAGCACUUCAAUCCCGAAAUCAUGCAAGCGGCUAGCUCCACGGGGCUACAUAGACACAUGAGCUGGGUGAUGGCUGAGUCGGGGGUUCCGUGGGAGGCGAAUGACGACGCCUGGUGCUGCCCGGAGUGCUUCAUUUUGUUCUCUCUCAACGUGUUCCGGCACCACUGCCGGGGCUGCGGCCAAGUAUACUGCAGCGCCCACGCCCCGCCCACACCGGUGCCGUCCGAUGACCGACCCCUCAAGCUGUGCUGGUCGUGUGUCCUGGAAGGGGCGGUUCCUCUCCCGGCUUCCCUACUGGGAGAGGAUGAGGACGACGACGAGGACGAUGACGACGACGACGUUUUCGACGAGAAUUCAAUACUGGGUAUGUCCCCGAGCAGCGCUCGAGGGAUCGCGGCGGAGCAAGAGCUCCUGUCCCCUACCGUGGCCGCGAUGAACUUGGACGCCGCGACCGCAGCUGCUGCCGCCGGGGCCGCGUACAUCGCGCCGUCGCAACAUAACCCGGACUACCUGAGGGGGCAAACUGGUAGCGAGGGAAGGCUCGGCGGAAGCGGCGGAGAGCGAAAGCCGCGAGGGCACAGGGCGAAAGCGGGCAGCAUCGGCGGCAGUAUCGAGGGAGGGCGCGGCGGCCGCGGCGGCGGCGGCGACGACGAGCGAAAGCAGCGAGGGCACAAGAAAGCGGCCAGUGUCGGCGGCAGCGGUUUCCUGUCCGCCCUUGUGUCUCUGAUAGAGGUCGUGGCCAGCCCUACCUCUCCCAUGCGGUCGCGCGGCGGCGGCGGCGGUGGUGGUAAGAAGCCCGACGUGGAAAAGGAGUCGGGCGAGGAGGAGGAGGNAGGAGGAGGAGGAGGAGAAGGAGAGAACUGGCGAGCGGGUUGGUCUACGCUGCCUCCCUCCGGAGAGGGCCUGGCGAUAGAAGUCCAACAGCAGCCCUCGGGGGGCAGGGGCCAAGAGAGCGAGUCGUCUCCUUUGCGGCUGCGCAAGGAGUACGACUCGGGGUCGGGAAGCCGCACCCAGUUGUCCCCGCUGAGGCUACGGAAGGAGUUCGGGGGUUUCAACUCGCACUCAACGGGAGGUUCCUUGACCGAGUCUGUCGACGACGGUGGUGGAGCGAACGGAACCGCGCACGGAGUUGCGGAUGGAGCGGUGUUGUUCGAAGAGACCCCGCCGCCGGAGCUGGGCUUCCCGAGUGAACGGCCGUGGGCCCUCGGGUUCGGGAAUUAGAUCAGAUCACGGUGGCGACGACCGUGCCAACUGAGUCACCGUAGGGUUUUUACUCUGUGUAAUACUAUCGCAAGCUACGCAUUCGGCUAUCAAUAGCGACUUAGCUCUCUGUUGGGAGCGAUGCGAAAAAACAUGUGUUUAUUGUUGUUGGGGUGGGACGUGAAUGCGGUGCUUUGUUGUGUGUGUUGUCCAGUUGGUUUUUGCUCCCAUGUGAAAGUAUUUUGUGGUUUUGGCCCGCGUCAUGUCCUGUCAAGGAGUCUCGUUGUGUUGUGUUGUAAGUUGCUGCGUGUUUUGUUUUCUUCAUCAUUUUAGAAACCGCUCUGGCAUUGGCGCAGCGCUUCCUCUUCACGUGUACUUCUAGGGAGUGAAUUUAUUGUGCCCGCAGUUGUUUUCGCGCGUUUACGAGCGCACCCAUGGUGAAAUGUGGUAAGGUCGAAAGGACCCUGGAAAGAAAACAUCACUCGCGAAACCCCCAAUCCAAGAAGAAGGCCACAACAGGAGUUUUAGACCCCUACCUCGGAGUCCGAGUGUGGGGACACAUUAUUGUCGUUAGUCUGACCGAAUUGGCUUGCGCAAAUUCUUUACCAGCGCUAUGUACAGCCUGUGGCACCCAAUAGAAACGUGUUUUCAAUGUAUGGUGUUCUGAAAAUGUAGAGAGGGAUAUGACAUCGAGGUAUGUCUUUGUCUCAUUGUUUUUUAACAAGAGUCGGCACGUGCAACAGCGGCGUUAGUUUCCUGCCUUAUUUUGCCGUGGGAUAGGCCGAGGUGCCAUGGCAUGUAAACUUCCAUCAGCAGGGUCUGCUGUGUGAGUGUCCCACAGGAGCGGUUUUCAGUUUCGGACGUUUUUCUCGAAGGAGGCG